AUGGGUUUGGAUCCUAUGAACCAAGCUAUAGCGAAGAAUGCGGCGGACGGAUCUUUUAUGGACAAGUCAUUUGCAAGAGUUACGCAAAUACUUGACAAAAUGGCAAAACACAAUCAAGCUUGGCAUUCUGAGGAUACUUUAGGCGGAAUUGCAUAUGGUUCUCCUUCCUUGACAAACUUGAUCAAGGAAAAUCAAGAGAGGGAUCAAAUAAUUGCAGGGUUGGCCACAAAUGUGAAUGUAGUUGAGGAUGUGCAACCUACCUCCAAUGAAGAGUUUGAAGAAGCUAAUUACAUCAACAAUCCUCAAGGAGGGUAUCAACGACAACAUUAUCAGGGUCAGGGGCAGCAAAGUCAAUGGAGGCCGAACCCGCAAGGGCAAGGCAACCAACAAUGGCGACAUGACCAAGGUGGCUCAAACCAAGGGAAUUGGAACAACAGCAACAACUUUUCCAACCGGAGUUCAAACCCCUAUGUUCCUCCAAAGGGUCAAUAUUCGAACCAAGGGUCUUCUAGUGAAUCUAAGUUGGAAGCUAUGCUCGAGCGAGUGUUGCAAAAUCAAGAAAAAUCCGAUACUUCAAUGAGGAACAUGACCGAGGUUGUUGGAUCUCAUACCGCCUCCAUCCAAAAAUUGGAGAUGCAAAUGAGAGACCUCUCCAAAGAGCAAAAUCCAAAACAAAAGGGAACACUCCUAGUGACACGGUUGCAAAUCCAAGAGGUAGUGGGAGUGGCCCAACUUCUCACAUCAUGGAAAUCACUACUAGGAGUGGGAAAGUGCUACACGGAGAGGGCGAAAAAACGGUUAAAGCAGAAGAGUCCGAACAAAGAGUUGAGGGAAGAGGUGAAGGAAAAAGUGAAAGAGACACCAAAAGCUCUUCCACCUAUUCCUAGACCUCCUCCCCCAUUUCCUCAAAGGCUCGCGAGAAAGAUUGAUGAUAGCAAACUUGAAAAAUUCUACGACAUUCUCAAGCAAUUAACGGUAAAUAUUCCAUUUGUGGAAGCUUUUCAAGAGAUGCCGGGGUUUGCUAAAUAUUUAAAGGAUUUGAUCACCAAAAAGAAGACCACAAAGAAUGAGGUAGUAAACAUGACUCACCGGGUUAGCUCUAUUAUUGCCACAACCAAAGUCCAAAAGAAAGAAGACACGGGAGCUUUCACCAUUCCUUGCACCAUCGGGGCCCGUGAUUUUGCAAAAGCCUUAUGUGAUAAUGGGGCUAGCAUCAACUUAAUGCCUCUUGCCAUCUAUAAGCAAGCGGGGUUAGGUAUGCCAAGACCCACUAGUAUGAGAUUGCAAAUGGCCGAUCGGUCAAUCAAACGCCCGGUGGGAAUUGUUGACGAUGUACUUAUAAAAGUGGGGAGCUUUCAUUUGCCCGCCGAUUUUGUAAUUCUUGAUUGUGCGGUUGAUAAGGAAAUGCCUAUCAUUUUGGGGAGACCAUUCCUAGCCACAGGGAGGGCACUCAUGGAUUCGGAGCGGAAUGAAAUUAAAAUUCCGGGUGAAUGA